UUUUCACCCAAACGACCAAUCUUCCCCUGGUUGCGACUUGGAUAUUUUUUAUUGCUGAUUGUCUUGUGGAUAUAAAUAUAUUGCUGGUACUACUUCGUUUCUAUUGGUGGUUUUCUGCUUUUCCAGUAGCAGUAAGCUUGUACAUUAUUGAAAAGAUAAUGAAGGCGGCCAAUUUCAUGUCUUUCUCUUUUCGUGCAAGUAGUUGAUUUUGGUACGUGAUAGGUCCAGGCAUACCCAUGUCUACUUCAUCUCUUUUAAAGAAAUGUGCAACUACUAUCACUUCCAAGUAGUACCUAGAAGUAGAACAUCAUCACGACAAGUUAGCCGUAACUAGGACCCAUUAAUCCUUUGUAUUGAGGCAAAGAAGCAACAGAUUCAUUGGUAUUAGAAUAGUUGGCGGUGCAUCUUAAUUCGUUUAAUACAGUUCUCAUGCAGCAGCGAGGAACUUCAAAACGAACUUCGAGGUGAUUUACAUUGCUGUCGAAUUGCAUUGUUGUAUUUUUCCCGGUGAUAUCAAGGAAUAUCCCGUGAAACGCUCGCUUUUGUUGGAAGCGUUGCUUGAUUCCGGCGCUGUUUCUCGCAUACAUUAGAGACAUAAGACCAAGUGAUCCUCCUUUUCUCUAUAAGUCUUGACUUUUGAACAUAAUGUUGGUUCGUGUGGUGCACAACUGUGCCGGGCAACACGGCAGUGUUUUGGGGCGACAGUUUUUCAGCCGGGUUCCCGCAACCUCCGCUGCCGCAAGUGCAACCGGAGCGACUGCUCAUUCCGUUCGUAUGUACACGACUGGAAGUGGAUCCUCUUCUAGCAGCAAUUCGGCAGAGGUACGCGGUGGUAAUCAGCAAAGAAGAGCCUCUUCAACGAGUGCCUCUGCAGCAACGGCCUUAUCUGCCACGAACAGGCCUCCAGACGUACUACCUGGAACUUCCGCAUCCUCUUGCAGCUCAUCUGCGCCAUCGACUACAGGUGAUGUUGCCACUGCACCAGCAAAGACAUACACGGCCCCGCGAGGCAAACCGAAAAUGCGACUACCCGAGUAUGCGAAAAUGCAAAGUAUUCAUCGCUCGCCAGAAGCAACCGAAGCAUUUAGCGAAACGAAAGCGACACUAAAGUUAAGACAAGCGCUUCACACUGAAUAUUGCUAUUUUUAUCCUUCGCAUUCUUUGACUUUGCGUAUGCGUUGAUUUACACACGGAUUGCACCUUCUAGUACUAGCAGUGCAAAGUGUCUGCAUGAAAGUGAGACACAUCAUUGUUAGAAAUUUUUACGUCCUUGUCCUUUCUUUUGUGUCUUCUUCUAACCAAAGAGCUCGGCCUAGCGACCGUCUGUCAGUCAGCGAAAUGCCCGAACUUGAAUGAGUGUUGGGGUGGUGGGACGGCCACCAUCAUGAUUUUAGGUGAUACAUGCACACGCGCCUGCCGUUUUUGCAGUGUGAAGACCAGCAAACGACCGGAAGGCAUCGGUGAGGGCUCGAAACUACACGACGAACCCGCAAAAGUAGCAGAAGCAAUAUCAAAAUGGGACCAUUUGAGGUACUUUUGUUUUACUAAGAAAAUUCAGAUUCAAUUGAUGAUUGUCAUGAUUUUGUGAUUAUGAUUUUUUUCAGAUGCCACUGGUUCUGGUAUUCCUCUUCCUCUUGUCUUGGUGAAUCACUUAUAAAUAUCAAUUGCAAGGUAACAAGUAGAAUCAAGCAGCGUAAGCAUAGCCACCAGUAGAUAAGCACGACCAGUAGUUUACAUUUUUUACGUGUACAACUCAACUCAACCCUCUCAAUAAGGUAUGUGGUGAUCACAUGCGUCGACCGCGAUGAUCUGAUGGAUUUUGGCGCUGUUCACAUAAAGCGCACUGUGCAGAAUGUGAAGAAGAUUCGUCGACGUCGAAUAGUGCCGGAGGAUGUAGCGCACUUGCUCGACUCCCCGACUGCGUUAGAAGGGCCUGUGCCCUCUGGGUCACUAUCGCGCGAAGAUUUGCUAGGAGGUGGUGCAACAUUGUCAGGACAUGAUAAUCCCUUGUCGCCAUCUUCAUCUACUUCAACUGGUGCUGCAGCGCGCAUUGAUGGUGCAACUGCGGCUGACGAGGAAGUUUUGGUUGAAACCUUGCUCGGCGAUUUUCGUGGCGAAUUGAAACUCGUAGAUAUUGUCCUCGACGGAAACAUGGACGUUUUUGCGCACAACAUCGAGACUGUUGAUCGACUGAACUCGCUUGUCCGUGACCGUCGAGCCAAUUACAAGCAAAGUUUAUCUGUAUUGGAGCACGUGGCGAACCAGAACGACAAGCGACUGCGACAAGGGAAGAACGCGAUCAUCACAAAGAGCUCCAUCAUUGUGGGUCUCGGAGAAACAGACCAGGAAAUCGAACAGACAAUUAAGGCUCGAGUCAACACGAUAUUGAUCUUUCGUUCCCAUAACUAUGAAGUAAUGCUAGCUUUGUCUCAAUUUGAAAUGUCCCAAAAAAUCGCAUUAGUAUACCGUAGUACGUAAGGACUUGCGUAGAAGAAGGAACGCAAACCGAGACUUGCGUAGAAUAAGGACUUGCGUCAAAUGAAUGGUGGAAACCCAAACUGAGAGUCGUUGAUAAGACAGAAUCAAGUUGGAAUAAUAUGAAGAGCUCUAAGAAAAUGCGGGACCUGCAUUCUGCGGGUUGUCGGGCGGUUACACUUGGUCAAUACCUCCAGCCCACGAAGGGGCACAUGCGGGUCGACCGGUAUUUUUAAUUUUUCUCGAAUUUUUUCAUGAAAGAAUGAUAAUAAUAAAAUUUUAUUCUUUCUCGGCCUGUCUCAUGGCACUCGCAACCUUGUACUUGGAUAACGCGUAAACGUAUCAUCAUGCACUAGCUAUGAAGUGGGAGUACUCGUUUGCGUUUCCAUUUGCAGGUUUGCUUCGAAAGAUAAAUUUGACGAGUAUGGAGACCUUGCGCGCAGCAUUGGUUUUGACAUGGUGGCAAGUGGUCCGAUGGUUCGUAGCAGUUAUAAGGCAGGCGAGCUAUACCUCACACGAAUGAUCGAAAAGGACCGCAGAAGCCUCGCUCAAGCUUUGUGA